GAUAAUUUUGACGGCCGUAAUUUGCCGCGCUUUUUAGAGUAACACUACACAUUUUUAAGUUAACUUUGUUUAAGGAUAUGGUUUAAGUUAUAUCUACAUGGCUUGUGUUACCUUCCAAAAAUAGUAUUUAAAAAACAGUUGUAGUCGAACCAUUGGAAGUCGAGUAAUUUUUACUUUUAAAUAAACAACAAACAAACUUUACUGUUCGUCCAUUGCUCCGGCUCCAAUUUCUCUAGUAAGUAAACUAGAAGCAUCAGACAAAUAAUGGGUUUAGAAAACAAUGGUGAAGUCAAAGCUAAUCACGACGAAUACCAGUAUUUGAAGCUAGUUCAACAAAUAAUCGACACAGGUGACAAAAGGGUGGACAGGACUGGUGUUGGCACUCUUUCCAUAUUUGGCGCCAUGCAAAGGUAUUCACUAAGAAACAACACUCUGCCUUUACUCACUACGAAGAGAGUAUUCACAAGGGGAGUCAUUGAAGAGCUGUUAUGGAUGAUAUCAGGCUCAACAGAUGCCAAAGCGCUUGCAGCAAAAGGUGUUCAUAUAUGGGAUGCUAAUGGUUCCCGCAGCUUUCUGGAUAAUUUAGGAUUUACUGAAAGAGAGGAAGGUGAUCUGGGUCCAGUUUAUGGUUUUCAAUGGAGACACAGUGGAGCCACUUAUGUUGAUGCAAAGACAGACUACACUGGACAGGGAAUAGAUCAGUUGAAAAAUGUUAUUGAAACUAUCAAAAAUAAACCUGCUGACAGAAGAAUGCUAAUGUGUGCUUGGAACCCAUCAGAUCUAAACAAAAUGGCUUUACCACCAUGUCACUGUCUAGCCCAAUUCCAUGUUGCCAACGGCAAGCUCUCUUGCCUUCUCUACCAAAGAAGUGCUGACAUGGGUUUAGGUGUACCAUUCAAUAUUGCCAGCUAUUCUCUACUUACACAUAUGAUAGCACACAUCACAGGCUUGGAGGCUGGAGAAUUCGUUCACACAACUGGAGACACCCAUGUUUACCUAAACCAUGUGGAACCAUUGAAGACGCAGCUGCAGAGGGUGCCGCAUCCAUUUCCAACAUUAGAGUUUGCUCGUAAAGUGACUUCCAUUGAUGAUUUUAAGUUUGAAGACUUCAUUAUAAAAGGUUAUAAGGCUCAUCCCAAAAUUGAUAUGGAAAUGGCAGUCUAGCAGAUUUCCAAUUUUCUUGAUUUAAGUGUAAUUAAGUUUAUCUUAAUUACUAUAAUUAUGCAGAUAACUUUAAAUGAGGUCCUUAUUUAUUAAGGGUAUUGUGAUAAUUUGAGUAAAUGAUUGUGCCUUUUUAAUAGUGAUGUUAGGGAUAGGCUGUACCAAAUGAGGAAAUGUUUCUUUCAUGUUUAUAAGUAUUAUUCCAAUGUAUGUUGUUAUUGAUAUACCACUUUAUUAUAUAAUGAUUAAAUAGCGGAAUAAAUAUACCGUUUGAUUUUUUUUUGUAAGAUGCCUGUUGUUUUUUAGUAUUUUACAAUAAAAACCCAUUUGAUGAAUUCAAAAUCAACUACAUCACAAAAUUAGGACAUUACACAUUAAAUAACUAAAAAAUCA